AUAGAAAUUAGGAUCCGCAUACAAUACAAGCUGGAACCUGGGCUCGCAUUUUGGAAACGGAAUUUUAUUAUAUCGAAUGCAAGUGUUUAAAUGUUUGGCUCACGAUUUAUUAAAAAAUUAAUCAGCUUUUCACGAUCUUUCUUACCAGAAAUUAAUCGCAAGGGUAUGGAAGAAGCAAGAAAAAUUGCAGCAAGUCUAGUCGAUUCUCCCGAAGACAAGAUGCAGUCAACAACCUCGGCUCCACGUGAGUCGCCCGGUGAAAUGCCUCCUGUGCCUCCUGCAAAACCCCUGUCCAAAAAAGCCAUGAAAAAGAAAUUAAGACGAGAAAAAUAUAAGGAGAAAGAGAGAGAGAAGAAGAAAAAUAAACCACCCAAAGAACAAACUUGCUUUACGGACACUACUCUGGCUGAAACUGAAUAUUAUUUUGAGAAUGGCUUACGUAAGUUGUAUCCAUACUACUACACCUUUAACACCUGGAGCAAAGAGAGAUGGUAUGGAAGAAGACUUGUGGAUGUAUUCGCUGAAGAAUUCAACCACUAUAGUAAUGAUGAUGUGUUGAAGGCAAUUGAGAGUGGCAAGUUGUGUGUCAAUGACAAACCAGCCAGUGUGGACUAUGUAUUCAAACCAAAUGACAGACUUAAUCACACCUUGCACAGGCAUGAGAAACCAGUAUGCGCAGACCCCAUUCAGAUUGUGGCUGAGACGGGGGACUUUGUGGCUGUCAAUAAACCCAGUUCCAUCCCCAUCCAUCCCUGUGGCCAGUACAGACACAACUCUUUGUUCUACAUUCUGGGAAAGGAAUAUGGAUACACACAACUCCGGACAACGUAUCGGUUAGAUCGGCUCACCUCUGGACUGGUCAUCUUUGCCAAGAAUCACACAAUGACCAACACAGUGUCCCAGCUGGUGGCCAACAGAGAAGUAGAGAAGGAAUACGUGUGUAGAGUGGACGGAGAAUUUCCUAGUGGAGAGAUAGUGUGUGCCCAGCCCCUGGGGAUACUGUCAUACAAGGUGGGAUUGUACAAGGUGGACCCAAACGGGAAGGAGAGCAAAACCACCUUCCAGAGGAUGAGUUACAAUGGCAAAACAAGUGUGGUGAAAUGCCGUCCUCACACUGGAAGAACACACCAGAUCAGAGUUCACCUCCAGUACCUGGGCUACCCCAUAACAAAUGACUAUGCAUACAAUGGAGCAGUUUGGGGUCCACAUAAAGGCAAGGGGGGAAACUGGGGGAAAUCUGAAGAACAGGUAUGCAAGAGAAACAGAUACAGAUUAAAUGACUUAGGUUACUUUGUAUUUGCUUUAUGUUAUUUGGUCAAAUCACCAACAUUAAACAUUUGUAUGGACACUUACAGUGGAGAGAUAGUGUGUGCCCAGCCCCUGGGGAUACUGUCAUACAAGGUGGGAUUGUACAAGGUGGACCCAAACGGGAAGGAGAGCAAAACCACCUUCCAGAGGAUGAGUUACAAUGGCAAAACAAGUGUGGUGAAAUGCCGUCCUCACACUGGAAGAACACACCAGAUCAGAGUUCACCUCCAGUACCUGGGCUACCCCAUAACAAAUGACUAUGCAUACAAUGGAGCAGUUUGGGGUCCACAUAAAGGCAAGGGGGGAAACUGGGGGAAAUCUGAAGAACAGCUUAUUAGUGAUCUCAUGAAGAAGCAUGCACGCUCCAACUUCAUUGUUGACAACUAUAAUACAGAAAACAUUUUUGAAGAGGAUAAAAAUGGAAAUAUAGACAGAGGGACUUUGGAUGAGCAAGAGGACAGGAAUAGUGACUGUAAUAAAGCUUCUGCCAAUACAGAGGGGGAGAAAAAAUAUGCAAUAAAUAAUUCAGCCACACAAAGCCAAGGUCAAAUAUUUCCUCAGGGUGAAGGUCAUGCAUCUUGUGACCCUAAAGAAUCUGAACUUAGUGCAAGUUUAUCUGCAGAUUCCAGAGAACCACCUCUGAAAAAGAGAAAAACUGAGGUGGAAUUAGACAAACCCCAGACUGCAAUUAGUGAUAAAAUUAUUAAAAAAUUGACAUCGGGUUCUGAAGCAUCCAGUGUUUCUGAUGACAAAAGAACAGCUAUUUUAAGACCAGCUUUUGACCCUGCCAAAUUGGUUGUCGAUCCCAACUGUACUGACUGUAAAAUAAAGACCAGGGACCCCAGACCCGGGCCAGAACUGGUCAUGUAUCUUCACGCACUCAGAUACAAGGCAGGAUCAUUGUUCGACUUUAGUACAGAAUUACCUGCUUGGGCAGACGAGGACUGGAAAGAACCUGAUGACAUUUGACCACUGGUCAGCAG